UUGGAAUAUUCAGAACUUCACAAAAUUUCUCAAGCGCAGGUGAAGGGUAUGUGGAAAUGCAUUUGGGAGGCUUUUGUAUACAUAGAAGCAGUUGAAUGGAGUAGCAUCUACUGCCAUCCGUUCAUCAAAUAUAUUGACUUUGAUUUGGUUCUUCGGUAACUCAAAUCGAUUUGGGAAUUUCGAUUUGGGUUACUGAAGAACACGACUACUAUGGGAAGAUGAUAUAUUCAACAGGCAUAUAACAAAGUGACGUCGUUUAACUUGGGGUAGAUUCGGAUCAUUUCGCAUGAAAGUUAACGGCUAAGUCUUGGAGUUCAGGGUUUAAUCAAUUUGGCGUAAUACAAAAUGGAUAUAUCUGUUUCAAUUCGUUAUUUUUACAGAAUUGAAACAUACCGAAUAUUUAUAUGUACAAAAUGCAUUAGUUUUAUGAAUGUUCUUGAAAAUCGUGGUAUGCAAAUUGAAUUCAAUGACCAACUGACUGAUUGAAUUAGUAUUAUCUUUUUAAGAUUCAGAAAUGGAGUCGGAAGAAGCGGACGAGGUGGAUUUUUCUUACCUUAAAAAAGGUUAGACUUUUACAUUUGAUGUUUGUCGAUGGUAAAUUCUUAGUUUGUUUACUUAACAUUCUACUGACUUGAUUGUUUCAUAAAUUGCGUAGCUCUGCCUUUAAAGAAGUUUUCUUCCUCCUGGUUUUUGUCUGUUAAUUUUUCAGUUUUUCUACAAUGGCGAUAGUGGUUGUGUAUGGUGUGACUGUCAAAUGGAUUCUGCAUCUAGUGAUGUAGUUUCCAAAAUUGUUGUUGAUUUUAUAAAGUCGAUUUUAAGUUAAAGGAAUUUUGAAACCCAAAAGAUGUCGAUUUGGAAGGCAUUUAGUGAACUUGCUUAUUAAUUUGCCAAAAUAUUUCAUGCAAACAUUAUUGUACUACCGAUUUUAGAAGGUUGAGGUUAAGUUCAAGCUAGGUUUUUUUGUUUGGAAGGUAGUUGUCCACACUAUUUGUUUCAGUGGUAUUGCUGUUGAAAAGAAGCAUAUCUGUUAUAUCUUUUGAAUUGGCUGUUGAAUGGCUCUCUGUAAAAACUGAGAUCUUAUGUCUGGUGUAAAUGGUUGAAGAACACAAGCUCCACAGAUGCUAGAGAUAUGUAUAUAAGGAGUGCAAUAUCACAUGGACAUCUCAAUUGUGUGAACUACCCAUGUCUACUUAAAGACGACACUGGUGUGGGCAUGAAAUAUGAAUUCUUCAUGCCUACCUUUGGAUGCUCAUGCAACAAGCAAUCUCUACAAAGGAUAAAAGGAACAUAUUCCUUGCUCAUUGCUUAAGCAAGAGGAUGAGCAUGAAUGGAGCAUGCAGUAGCUCUGUGUGGACUAGGGAGCAGGAUAAAGCAUUUGAGAAUGCUUUGGCAAUCUAUUCUGAGGAUUUGAGUGAUCGAUGGGAGAAGAUUGCGGCAGCAGUUCCUGGGAAAACGCUUGAGGAGAUCAAACAUCACUACAAUCUCUUAGUUGAAGAUGUCAAUGCAAUUGAGUCUGGCUUAGUGCCUUUGCCUUCCUAUGUUUCUUCUUUUGACGAUUCUGCAAAUCAUGCAGGAGAUUUCGGCAUUGGUAAGAAGAGAAGCCUGUCUCGGCAAAUGCAAAGUGAUUCCAGCCAUGGAAGGAAGUCAUCAACAUCAUAUCAAGAACGGCGGAAGGGGAUAGCUUGGACAGAAGAGGAACAUAGGUAA